AUGUUUAUCUAUUUUUUUAUCUAUAUCUAUCAUAUCUAUCUAUCUAUAUAUCUAUCUAUCUAUCUCAUCUAUCUAUCUAUCUAUCUAUCUAUCAUAUCUAUCUAUCUAUCUCAAUUUUAUUUCUAUCUAUCUAUCUAUCAUAUUAUCUCUAUUUCUAUCUAUCUAUAUAUCUAUCUAUCUAUAUAUUAUCUACACAUAUCUAUCUCAUUAUCUAUCUAUUCUAUCUAUCUAACUAUCUAUCUAUAUAUCUAUCUAUCUAAUAUCUAUCUAUAUAUCUAUCUAUCUAUCUAUCUAUCUAUCUAUCUAUUAUCUAUCAUAUCUUUUCAUAUCUAUCUAUCUAUCUAUAUAUCUAUCUAUCUAUCAUCUAUCUAUAUUAUAUCUAUCUAUCUAUCUAUCUAUCUAUAUUAUCUAUCUAUCUAUUCAUCUAUAUAUAUACAUAUGAAUAUAUAUCUAUAUUAUCUAUCUAUCUAUAUCUAUCUAUAUAUUUAUUUAUAUUUGUAUCUAUAUAUUUAUCUAUCUAUCUAUCUAUUAUAUCUAUUUAUCUAUAUCAUAUCUAUAUAUCUAUCUAUUCAUAUCUAUCUAUCUAUUUAUUUUUUUUCAUCGAAUCUCAUAUCUAUCUAUCUAUAUAUUUAUUUUCAUAUAUAUAUAUCUAUCUAG